UGGUUGUUAGAUUGGGUCGUUGUUCGCUGGCUCGCUGCAUCGACUGGUGUAUAAGCAAAACCGGCGCGCUGGCGGCACCCGCAGCCAUUGUCGCACAGCCGCAGUUGACGCGUGCGCGGUUACGUACAGUUUGCGCGCGAAAUUCGCGAAUUGUUAUUGACAGUUUAUAUUUUUUAAUUUUUUAUCAUAACUUUUUUAUUUUAUAACUAUUUUGGACAGUUAUUUUCUUUAUAAGUGUUUUGUGUUUUGGGAAGAAAGAGAAAGAUACAAAAAUGAAAUAUAAGGUGAAAGAUGUGGACGCCGAGAGCCAUCAUUCCGGGAAACUGCCGGACAGUAAACUUGAAGAGAAGUUGGAGCGUACGGUGCGUUGUUCGUCGGUUCUGAUCGGCGCCCUGGGUCUGUCCCUCAUCGCGCUCGCCGUAUACACCACCGUUCUGGUACUCACCGAGUACAAGACACCCAGACCCUGCGUCAGCGAGGAGUGUGUCGGAACAGCAUCACGAAUCCUUCAAGCUCUGAACAAAGACAUGGAUCCAUGCAAGGACUUCUACGAGUAUGCAUGCGGAGGCUGGAUCAAGAAGAACCCCGUACCGGACUGGGCUACCUCUUGGGACCAGCUGGCCAGGCUCAGGGAGCAACUGGUGACGGACCUGAGGGAACUGCUCGAAGCUGAUGAUGAGGAGGAUCUACCCAAGAGUGUAUUGAAAGCGAAGUCGUUGUACAGAACGUGUGUUAAUGUCGACAAAUUGGAAGUGGACGGAAUCAAACCAAUAGAACGUCUGCUCGGUAAACUGGGCCUGCCGCCGCGCCCCCCACAGCAGGCCAGCGAGAACUUCACGUGGGAGGAGACAACGGGCACCGGCAGGAGGUUGAUGGGCCUCAAUGUACUGUUAAGUGUGCAGGUCGCAGAGGACGUCAGAAACACCAGCAGGAAUAGGGUUGUGAUCGAGCAAGUAUCGCCAGGGUUCAGCGACCGGUACCUGCUUCAACCGGAGCAGUUCGCGCACGAGCUGGCGCAGUACCACAAGUACAUCAAGGAAAUGAUCACUAUCGCCGACCCGGACACCGACGCCGGCCAAUUCGCUGAUGACAUCGUCGAGUUCAGUAAAAGCCUCGCUAAGAUAAUGACACCGGUGGAGGUCCGGCGUAGCGGCACCCACCUGUUCCACGAGGUCAGCGUCCAACAGUUCGUGCAGGGCUCCAGCGGUGGGCCCGCGACCUGGAAAGAACACGAUUGGGAUCGCUACCUGAAGCUGGUGUUCGCGAACACGAGCGUCACCCUGCACCCGCAGCAAGACCGCAUCAUCGUGAUGGAUCUGCCUUACCUGCAGAAACUAGCCACCUUGCUGUCGGAUACCAAGCCUGUCAUAAUUGAACGUUUCCUGUGGUGGAGCGUGUUCUCAACGGUGGCUCCGAUGACGCUGAGCUCUUUCCGCGACCUCGGGUUUGAGUUCUCGCGCGCAGUGUUCGGGCUGCAGCAGCGGACGCCGCGCUGGAAGAGCUGCACUGCCAACGUCAACGCCAACUUUGGAGUCGCACUUAGCUAUUUGUACGUGAAGCGACACUUUGAUCAAGACUCUAGGCAAAAGGCGAUCGAGAUGAUAGAAGAUGUGCGCGAGGCAUUCGCGGCGACGGUGCAGCAGCUGGACUGGAUGGACACUACCACCCGGCUCAAGACCCUGAACAAGCUGAAGGCCAUACGGAAUUUCGUCGGCUUCCCCGCCUGGCUGCUCACGCAUGAACAGCUUGAUAAGCAUUAUAAGCACGCUGAAGUAGUGGAAGACAACUUAUUCGAAACAUACUUGAAGCUGACAUGGGCGGCGAUAAAGAAAUCGUUGGAAUCGCUCAGAGAAAAGCCUGAUAGGAACAGAUGGGUGGCAACUGCAACGACAGUCAACGCGUUUUAUUCAGCUACCCUCAAUUCAGUCACGUUCCCGGCCGGUAUUCUGCAGCCGCCUUUCUAUGGCAAUGGAAUUGAAGCGAUAAACUACGGAUCUAUCGGCGCCAUAAUGGGCCAUGAAGUGACGCACGGCUUCGACGAUCAAGGGCGACGUUACGACGAGGAGGGCAAUCUGAAGCAGUGGUGGUCGGCGGCGACGCUGGAGCAUUAUCACAGCAAGGUGCAGUGCAUCAUCGACCAGUACAGCAAGUACCACAUGCCGCAGCUGCCUAAUUACACGGUGCACGGGUUCAACACGCAGGGCGAGAACAUCGCCGACAACGGCGGGCUCCGCGCCGCGCUGCGCGCCUACUCGCUGCAGCGGCGCCGCGCCGGCCGCGCCGCCGCGCUGCCCGGCCUGCCGCACCUCUCGCCCGACCAGCUCUUCUUCCUCGGCUUCGCACAGAUAUGGUGCGGCAACUCGACAGUGGGCGCUCUCAAGUCCAAAAUGGUGGAAGGUGUGCACAGCCCCAAUAAAAUCCGCGUGAUCGGGACCCUGAGCAACUCUAAGGAGUUCGCCGAGGCCUGGAAGUGUCCCAAGGGCUCCCCCAUGAAUCCGGAACACAAGUGCAUACUGUGGUGAUACUCAUUUGUGAUUUAGUUGUAAGUGAACCAAAGACAUUCAACUGGUUACCACGAAGUUACCGCCUUAGUUAAGUGUACAAAAGUGUAUUUUGUAUUUUAUAUCUAGUGAUGCACUUGUUAUGUCGACAAUGUAGCAUGUAAAUUGUGCAUUGUAAAAUCAUGAGAUGUAUUAUACUUGUAAGGAUUAAUUACGAGCAAACUGUACACAUUAUUAUUCAAAGAAACAUUUGUAAAAUUAGCUGAUAAUUGUAUUAUGCAUAAGUAAUUGAAUUUAAGAAAUACAAAUUUAAAAUAGAAUCAACAGCUCUCACAAUAUAUAAACUUUAAAAUAUUCUUUUAAAGACAUUGUAGUAUUUUUUAAGCAUACAAAUAAGUAAUAGACAUAUUUAUGUUAUCAUAGAACAAGAUUCCUUAAGACUGUUUUUUUAAUAAAUAAUAUGAAUUGGUGUUUAGUUUUAGAAAAUGAACACACGACCUGUCACGAACAUUGUGGUAUUAUUAAAAAAAAAAGACAUGUUUAUGGUUGUAUAUGUGUGAUUUCAUUCUAUAGAAAUAAUAUAACAAUGAAUCUCAAUGCAUCUCAUUUUCUUAAUAAUGACAAAAAGCUAUUUAUUAU